CUGUAAACUCCAAGUCGUACUGACAUUUGUAUUUGUAGAUAACAACGCCACCACAGCGUUGACCCCGAAGCAUUUUGCGCAGAAAACACAUGAAAAAAUAAAAGAAAACUGGGAAUCCUAUAAAACAUGUGACUGGCUGUUGCAAGAGAACAGUUUCCAAUCAUGGGAGAAGAUGGAAGCACAAUAUUCCCUUCUCUGGCUUCAUGGACGUCCUGGGUGUGGGAAAUCGACUUUGAUAUCUCGCAUAAUCGAAAGCAUCUCUCAGAACCAAUUCGCGACACGAGGUCCCAACACUAUCCACCUGCUUUACUUCUAUGUCGGGCUUGGAGAUGGCGAAGGAAAGGAUACACUGUAUCAAAAAAUGCUGAUGACAUUUUGGGAACAAGCAACAGGUGAAAAACCAAGCGAUACAUCAAAAACAGGAAAGGAUGCUGUCAACCAAUUACACGACUUUCUAGCUUCAUCGCAGCGCGAUAUAUACCUUGUCAUCGACGCGCUCGACCAACUUCCUCCAUAUUCUCAACAAGACAUUCUCAAAAGCUUGGGUUCUCUGGUUCAAAAGCUCAAGGAUGGGACGAAUAGCUGCCGGUUGAGCGUAGCUAUUAGUUCCCGUGAUCGCCAGGAUAUCCACCAGCUGGGGACAUAUAAAAGGUUCCAAAUUGAAGUCACUCCUGAAAAAAACAAGCGUGAUAUAGAGAGAUACCUUGGGAAAUGUCUUGACAGGCCUCGAUUUGAGGAACGACAAGAACUUCAGGCACGGGUCUUCGACUACCUAAGCAAAAAUGCAGAUGGAAUGUUCCUAUGGGCCAGCCUGCAAGCAUUAAACUUCUGCGAUAUGGAAUUGGACUCACAAAUCUCGGAUGCCCUGGACAAUCUUAUCCCCCCACAGAAGCUACACGACACGUAUAAGUCCCACGCUGAAAGCUUUGAGGCUCUGCUGGACCCAUUUAAGCAGAAAGUAACUUGGAGGACAAUGGCUCUUUUGGCACACAACGAGGGCUCAUUGCCGACAGAAGUAAUUCUCACAGCAGCCUCAUUGAACGAUAAUGGAGAAGUAAAUCAGGAGCAUCAUCAAGACUUGGCCAAGAACCUUAUUACAAUCGUCCGCUUCUGCAGUCACCUAGUUCAAAUCAAUGAGAAUCUUGGAACUUUCCAAUUUUGUCAUAGAACCGCCUUUGAGUUCUUCAGGGGAUACAAUCCAACUGUCUACCACUACCGGAUCGCAGACCUCUGCUUAUCUCACUUAUCCUCAUCGGACUUCUCCCAGGGUCCUCAGAAUGACGCUAGAUGGUAUAGUCCUGGUAGUCUUGGGGUGAUUUUGCAGGAUCAUCCAUUUUUAACUUUCGCGUCGCUCAAAUGGGCCACGAGCAUCAAACGUAGCUUUAGUCGUGGGGCAAGCCUUGAAGGGAGCUAUUAUAGGACUCUCUGUCUUCUGAAGCUACUUCUUGAUAAGGAAACGGGAGUAAAAAGGAAAGGGAACCUACAAUUAGCAUUCCAGGUAUAUUUCUUCAAACGAGGCAAAACAAUGUCAAGCAGAGUAUGCCACGAGCAUAUUAUCAGCUAUUUCUCUCUUGUCGAGCUCAUUGACGUUUUGAAAAACGAGAAUUGGUUUGAUCAGGCAAGGCUUGAUAGUGACGGCUUAAGUCCGAUCCACUGGGCCAUACGGAAUGACAUUGAUCAUGAGGGUGCUGCCUCCACUGUUGGAGUGUUGAUCAGAUAUGGCGUUGAUAUUAAUGCAACGGAUAAAGAAGGCCGCUCUCCUUUAUGGUACGCUGCUUACUACGGAAAUGAGGAGGCAACGAAACUCCUUAUUAGGCAUCAUGCCAAACUUGACCUCAAAACCCAACGCAACGAGACGGCUUUAAUAGCUGCCUGCAAGCUACACCACGAGAAUAUUAUUUCUCAUCUUACUAAUGCUGAAGCAAACGUGGAGGUCCAAAGCGAAUCUGGAACUGCUCUACAAUUCAUUUCCCUGACUGGAUGUUGUAGCUGUGCUGAAAGAAUAUUGAACGGUUAUGGAACUUCCAAAAUCAUCGAGUAUCCCUGCGAGUUCGGUUCUUCUCUGCAUGCCGCCGCAUUUUACGGUCACUUAGACCUCGUGAAGCUCCUCUGCUCAAGAAGAACGAAUUUUCUUCGUAUAGUAGGCAGAGAACAUGGAAGCCCUAUAACAGCAGCAGCGGCAGGGUUUAGUCCAGGAUUAGACUCGGCGCCUUUCAUUGAAAUUAUCGAAGAAUUAAUCAACCAUGGCGUGGAUGUCAAUAAGCGUGGCGGUGUAGUCGGGCCAGCUCUCCGUGCAGCAGCAGCCCAUGGGAGUCUUGAACUCGUUCGUUUCCUUAUAGAUAAGGGCGCCAAGGUACACAAAGCCAUAGGACCAAUGGGCACUGUCUAUGAAGCUGCUGAAGAGUAUGGACAUCAGGGGAUUAAAGAUCAUUUGCUAUCAAAGGACGCAAAUGCUGCGCGGUAUGGCCAAAACCGUACUCGUAGCUCGUAUGGUCGUCAAGAGUUUCAGCGGGUAGUUUUCCGGGCUGCUGUCAAAAUGGUGAGCAUGGAUACUAUCGACAUCCUCGUCACCCAGAUGGAAAAGUUCUAUAAACAGGAAUUCGAAAAAGGCGAGACUGCCCUUCUUAGAGGAUUGGCCAAGCUUAGCAGGGACUCCUUCCAGGAUGUGGUGAAGUUGGCUACAGAGUCACAAGAUAGACGGAGUAUGCCAACAAAAGGGAAACAUAACAGAAGCAUAGCACGGUUCCGAAACAAUAUGCUUGAUCUUUUCUGUAUACCUAUCUUCAAAAUCAAAGAUAGUGGGCUAGCCCAGGUACCCACGACAUAUUCUUUAGGUCAAGACGAUCUAGAACACCUUCCACAAGUUUUGGAUCGAAUGACACAAGCUGCGGUGAAGAUCAUGGAAGAUGCUAUUGCGAGCGGGAAAAGAGAUGUAAUCAGAUUGAUGGCCAAUGCAUGGAUUGAGGCACUGAAUAAUCUGAUAUCGUAUCCUGGCUUUGGAGAGCCGAUGCUGGAAUUAGUAGUUCAGAGGCGUGCGAACGAGCUCAAGGAACGGUUGACAAACCCGAAUGUAGGCGAAGUGGCAAGAUUCGGAGAGACCAAGGCCUUGGCUCAAGUUGGCAUUGAACUUCUUCUGAUAGCCGUUGAGCGCGGCCAAAAAUUCAAGCAUCUAUCGUUUGUCAUCUCUAAGCUAUGGAUCGAAGCGGUCAAUGAUAUCGAGGGUCUUGGUGAGAAGGGAGAGAGGCCAGUAAAGGAACUGAUUCGCCUAUUUUCGGAACGGUUUUCACAUGCAGUGAUGAUACACGAUCAAGUCAAUGCAAGAAUUUGUCUGCAGGCCGGCGUUGAGUUUGUGAGAGCAGCAGCGUUGAGUGCAAACAAGACGUUGCUCAAUAAGUUUACUAGGGAAUGGCUGAGAUGGUGGGAACUGAUUGUUGAAAAGAAUAUGGAGAGUAUGGUUAAGGGGUUAGUCGACCAGCGAUGGAAAGAAUGCCAAGAAUGCCUCAAAGGCAACAUGAACGACAAAGCGCUUGGCCUUGCACUUACAGCCAUAGGAAUACUUCAAACAGGUAUCGAGUAUAAAAACGGACCGUUGGGAGAGAUGAUACGACCUGUCAUCGAAUCAAGUUUUCAAUUAAUGCAAGAAAACUUCCUUGGUGAUGCCGAAUUUACUAGAUUAUCGGAUCGGGACCUAGACACUGUCUCCGACGCCCUCAUCGACUUGUUUGCGACAGCUGAAGAGAUACAGCCUGGCUCGUUGAAUACUUUGGCUUUAAAGAUGCUCGACUGCGCAAUUACUUCAAGCCGCAACUAUCAAAAACUACUAGGGAUAAUCGAGCGACAUGUUAGAAAGGUUGAUCAAAUCGCCUCUUCGUCCGAUCGAGAGAAACAGUCGAUUCAGAUAUUUCGAAUAGUUGUUAUGUUCAUCAACGUCGCCUUAUGUGCUGCAGAACCAAACUCCAGCGUUUUACCGGUCUUGAAAAAGAUGGCCCUGGAAAAUCUGGCUGCAAAACUACCCAACUUCACAGAGAGGGGCGAAUUGGUUCCGUAUACGAGAGCUAUAGCGUAUUUGAAGUCGGAAGAUCAUUAGGGUGUCAGGGAAAGGAGGUUGAUAUUUAGUAGAGUAGGAAGUUUCGAAAAAAGGAACAUAAUUUCAUG